AUGAAUUCCCUCGAAAAUUUAUCAGAUAAGGUAUCAUAUUUUGAAUAUUUUUAGUAUGAAGAUCAAUUCUCAAGACUGGAAACUGCUGUAAUGAUUGAUACUAAAUUUUAUAGAUGAUUGAGCUAUUCAAAUAUGAGAACUUACUAAAUAAUGAGUAUUUAGUAAGAAAAUUAGAAACAGAUCUUGCAAAACCAGAUCAUUAUUUGUUAUAAUAUGUGGUAGUUUAGAGGGAAAAUUCUAUAAAGAAUAAAUAUGUGUAAAACGAAUAAAAUGAUCGUAAACAAUAUCAUUUGAUCUUAACAGCUGUAUUAUUAAGAUAUAAUUCAUAAAUAUAGAUACUGAAAAAAUAUGAUAAUUAAUUAUGGAACUUUGAUCACAACCAAUUAUUAAUAAGACCAUAUUUCCCUAGUUAGAGGAAGAGAGUUCAAAUAAAAUCUGGAGCAUCAAACAUUAGUAAUAUAAAGGAAUCACUUAAAAAUGUUGUAUAAAAUAGAGAAUAAUUAUAAUUUGAACAAGAAAUUUAUUAAGCUGAUAAAAGUUUAAUUAAAUUAACAAUAACAUGUUAGAGUGAAUAAUAUGCAGAUGAGAUUUUCACUUAUUUGAUGUCUAAUAAAUCUAAAUUGCAAAUUGAUUCUGUUAUGAUGCAAAGUAUCAAUUACUUAGAUGAAUUUCAUAAGUAAAUAAAUUUAAAGAAAUGCGCUAUGAUAUCAAAUAAAAAAUCACCUUAAUUUGAUAAUUAUGAAGAUAAGGAAGAGAAACAAGAUAAAGACAAUCAAAAUUCUGGUUUUUCAAAAGGAAAAAGUAGAUAAAAUUAUGGAUAAUAAGAGAUUAAAUAUAAUGAAGAUUAUAAGAAUACAAGAGGUAAAGGAAGAUUUGAUAGAAAACAAGGGAAUAAUGGAAAUAGAUAAAAUAAUGUAAUGAUUGAUUAAUAAUUAGUAAUAUUUUUAAAAAGGGGAAUCACAAUAAUAAUAUCAAAUGGUUACAAAAAAUGUUAAUUAGACAACAACAAAGUUAUAAAUUUAAUAGAAUCUAAUAAACUAAAAUGAUUUCCCAACUUUAAGUGCAUAAUAGAAUUGA